GUGCAAGAUUCAGGAAGCGCAGAUGCUCAACCCCGAGCUCCCACUCGGUACGGCCGAACAGUUCCUGCUGACGCUGUCCUCCAUCUCGGAGCUUGGCGCACGGCUUAAGCUGUGGGCAUUCAAGCUGGAUUUUGAGAACAUCGAGAAGGAGAUCGCGGAACCGCUGAUGGAUCUGAAGCAGGGUAUCGAACUGCUCAAGUCGAACCUCACCUUCAAGUGCAUCCUAUCGACGCUGCUAAACAUUGGCAUCUUCCUGAACGGCGCCCCGGUGAAGGGUUUCCAGAUCGAUUAUCUUGCCAAGGUACCGGAGGUGAAGGAUACGGUACACAAGCACUCGCUGCUGCACCAUCUGUGCCACAUGGUGAUGGAAUCACAGGCCAACACGACCGACCUGUACUCCGAGAUCGGUCCGAUAACGCGUGCCUCGAAGGCGGACUUUAAUGAGCUGGCCCACAACAUCACCUACCUGGAGACGGAGUGUAAAGCGUCCUGGGAUCGGUUGAAGCUGAUCGGUAAGCACGACACGGCCCCGCAUCUGAAGCAGAAGCUGAUCGACUUUCUGGCCGAUUGUGCCGAGCGCAUCAUCAUACUGGACAUCGUCCAUCGGCGAGUACUUAAUAGGUACCGAAAGUUCCUGCUCUGGCUCGGUGUACCACAGCACCGGAUCCCGGAGUCGCGUCCGAACGAGUUCUGUCGGAUCGUGUCGGAGUUUGCGCUCGAGUACCGGACGACUCGCGAGCGGGUGCAGCAGCAGAUCGAGAAGAAGGCGAACCAUCGAGAGAGAAACAAGACUAGGGGCAAGCUGAUCGUCGAUGUGGCCAAGCUAAAGACGCAGGAGGAUCGAGCAGAUGAUGAGCUAAGGACACUACUGGGUAUUCCUGGGGAUGAGAGGGAAAGCAAUGGUACCCUUACCUGGCGUCGACGACGAGGUGAUGCGACCGCUUCCCCGGUGACCGGACUACCGAGCGGUCAUCCAACCGUCUCCAGUCCCCUGCACAGUGUCCUAACAGGUGGCAGUGGCAUUGUUGGUGGUGGUAGUGGUGCUGGUGGCCGAGACGAAAGCUUCACCGAUGGUGAUGACGAAAUCCUGGAGUCACUGGUCAAGACCGCCACCAAGACCGGUGUCGGACCACGGCCGAUGCAGCGUGAGCGGAAACGAACACGCCAAGCAGAUCGAAAAUCAUUCAAAAGAUCUCGAACGCGGGAAGGAUUCACGAUGGAGCGUACCGGAAGCUCGCCACCCCUUUGAGACGCUCUGACAAUCAGUAGCCUCACCUUCCCCACUCCCCUUACCAUUCCCUCCUCCACCCCUCCGAAGUUUCCGCUUUUCCUUCCUUCCUUCCCUUUCUUUGAUCCAACCUGAGCAACACCCAACAAAACCAACACAUUCUGCAAUUUCCUCCCUCCUCCUUCCACUCGCCCGUUUGCGAUCCCCCUCCCCGCCCCCCUUCCCUUACUGUGCCAGCUCCUGGUCUGUGUCGCUAAAUGCGUGAGGACUUUGUCCACCUUUUUCGUUCGAUUCGGUUCGAACCUAUACAUACCGCUUUCAAGAAUUCCAUUUCAAGCUUUCGGCAACGCGUACAGAUCUCAGGAAUCCUCUAUACUUUGCAUCAAAACGCGAUGGCUUGAAGUGUAACCAUUGGCAACACGGCACGUUGAACCAUUCCGUUCGCUCCACAAGCUACGAUUUUACGCCCCAAAUUACGACGCACGCUGAAGAACGGAUUAUCGGAGGAGGAAAAGCAACAUGUGGCCUCGUUAAUAAAAGGAUAUUGAAUUUGUGGCAUCAUCGAGCGACAACGGUCCCUGCCAGAGGCCCCGACACUGACGGCUGUGAUGGCGGCAACGACGACAAUGGUGACGAUGAGCGGACGGCGGAAGACAAUUUCGGAAGCUCGCGCGCGCAUCGCGUCGAUGGCAGUUCCGGAGCCGGGAAUUCAUGGUAUGCGCUGAUGCGCUGUAACAUACACACACACACGCGCGCGCUUUCGUAAUAUCCCGUUGAAAGUGGAGGAGACCAAAAAGGAAGGCGAGAGAAACUCAUCGCGAGUCGCGCUGCAGCCGCGAAACACACAAACUACCAAAACAGCAAAAAACCGAAGCAGGAUUAACAGCAGCAACUAGGAAAGAGGACAAAUCGAGGGACACACUAAGUAGACUAGCAGACGCCCUUUGACUGGAUCGCUUUCCCUCCCCCGGGUGCGGUGCGCUGAAAACGAUUAGGAUCCACGAUCCGGUUUGUAAAGUGAGUGCCGAUGCGACGAACUUUAAAAAAAACCCAUUUAUGUGAACAUCUUCCAUGUGAUACGCGGCGAGAUAAGGCACUGUGUCUGUUGAGUGGGGAGCACCAGCAAACCUACGCCUUCAACGCUGCACUGAUGACGAUCGAGUGGCGAUCGUUUCGAGUCAGCGUCAAAAAAAAAAUGUAGCCAAUCGAAUAGAAGAGGGAAAGAAAGAGGGGCAAUAUCAGUGGGGAGGAAGGGGAAGUGGUACUUUUUAAAAGAGAUACUAUUAUGAUACGAGAUAUACAAAACGAUAUUCGCAUGAUAUUCGUAUACACCAGUGAGCGAACUGUGUAGGAAAGGAAAAAAGGAGGAGAACCAACACGAAGUCUCCAUUCAUAGCUACACCUGGCCCAUCGUCCUGGCCCAGUG